AUGACUAUCUCGACGAAGAGAGCCUCACCAGUGUUGCCUCUGUCAUCAGCACUGCCGUCUGAGUCCUUACCAGCAACGCCCCUGGGGGAACAACAUUUGAAGAAAGGAAAUCUGGACGAAAAAUCAUCAGAUAACACACAAAGCCCAAAGAUACGGCAUUUCAAAGAGAAUACUCUCGACGUUAUACUUCAACAAGAAGCUAAAACGUAUCGCUCACAGUCUCUUCAGGGGCUUGACGCUUUUCCCAGCAACGACCAAUCGUGCGUCCUGGAUUGGUUUCGAACAAUGACACAAUUUUGCUACACCGUUGUGGAUUGUUGUGAAUUACCACAGCAGAGUGUGGAAGUGGCUAUCAAUAUUCUGGAUCGAUUCUUGUUUGGUGAUAUUGAAGCAAGGAUACCACUGAUACUUUUAUCCUCAGAUUCUUCAUCACAAUCGCUGAUGUCAAUGAGGCUCGAAAUCCUAAGUUCCUCUUCCAACUUUCAACUGGCCACAAUGACAUGUCUAUACAUUGCCUGCAAGCUUUUCUCUACCAAAUGUCUAUUUCUUGUUCAGCUGGAGCGUCUAUCUGGAAACACAGCUACUGCACGCGAUAUUGAAUCCAUGGAGCGGCAAAUCUUGAGUCAUUUACAGUUCCAAAUCAAUGCUCCCACCAUUGUCUCCUUUGCACAAGAAUACGUCCAAGAGGAACUCCAAAUAUGGAGUUUUCCCGUUACGGAGCAUAGUGAUUGCGACGGAGAAAGCCAUAGCGAAGACCAGCGAUUGCUUUUCUUGCACUUGGUAGAACAACAAUCGCGGCUGGCCACAUGCAAACUCUAUACAUUUCAUGUUCCCAUCUCUUCCAUCGCGUUGGCAUGUGUCAAGAAUGCUUUGGAGGUCAUGGAAAACGUAAACCCCACUAUGAAAUUGCCAAUCUUUCAAACUUUGUGGUCGGACUUGGAGAACAAGGUGCGAUCCUACUACUACGACGACCAGCGUGAUAUUGCACUCGUCCAAGAACAACUGCAAUCCAGUUUGCGGAUCAUUACUCUGGAAGCGAUGCAACAAUGGGCCAAUUUGGAUCAAACAAAUGAUGUACCUAUGCGUGAGGACAAUUCCCAGCAUUCUUCGUCAAAGUUAUUCUCCUUGUCCCCACGCACUCCAAAUGCAUCAUCACCAACAGCAGUGAUUCACUCGUGA